AGCGCGCGCCGGGUUGGGGUUCCGGGGUUCAGGUAACGCGUGGUGGCGCCGCCCGCGACCGGCCGCCUGGUUCGUGGCAAUUUGAAGGCUUAGCCGCCCGUCAGGCUCACCCACUGCCUCGGCCUCCUGUGCACAGCGCGCCAGGCUCCGCCGCGCCGGCCCACCGGCUGCCCGCGGCUUGUCGUGCCGAGGCCGCCGCAGUGACCCCGCCCCCGCGCCGAGGAUGUGAGGCUGGCCGGGCGUCCCCGCACCGGGCCCGGGCGCCGGGAGUGGGCGUCUGGGCCGCGCCGGGCGAUGGCCCUGCUGCCGGUGCUCCUCGCCUCCCGGGCCCUGGGGCAGUGAGGGGGCCGGUGGGCGUGGGCAAGCGGCCCGGGCGCGGCGGGGGCCGGGGGGCCGUGGGCGCCAUGGAGGGGGUAUUGUACAAGUGGACCAACUAUUUGAGCGGUUGGCAGCCUCGAUGGUUCCUUCUGUGUGGGGGAAUAUUAUCCUAUUAUGAUUCUCCUGAAGAUGCCUGGAAAGGUUGCAAAGGGAGCAUUCAAAUGGCGGUCUGUGAAAUUCAAGUUCAUUCUGUAGACAACACACGCAUGGACCUGAUAAUCCCUGGGGAACAGUAUUUCUACCUGAAGGCCAGAAGUGUGGCUGAGAGACAGCGGUGGUUGGUGGCCCUGGGAUCAGCCAAGGCUUGCCUGACAGACAGUAGGACCCAGAAGGAGAAAGAGUUUGCUGAAAACACUGAAAACUUGAAGACCAAAAUGUCAGAACUAAGACUGUACUGUGACCUCCUUGUUCAGCAAGUAGAUAAAACAAAAGAAGUGACCACAACUGGUGUGUCCAAUUCAGAGGAGGGAAUUGAUGUGGGAACUCUGCUGAAGUCAACUUGCAAUACUUUUCUGAAGACCUUGGAAGAGUGCAUGCAGAUUGCAAAUGCUGCCUUCACCUCUGAGCUGCUCUACCGUACUCCCCCAGGAUCACCACAGCUGGCCGUGCUCAAGUCCAGCAAGAUGAAACAUCCUAUCAUACCAAUUCAUAAUUCAUUGGAAAGGCAAAUGGAUUUGAACAGUUGUGAAAAUGGAUCUUUAAAUAUGGAAAUAAAUGAUUAUGAAGAAAUCCUAAUGAAAAACAAGAGCUCCUUAUAUGUGAAAUCUGCAGAGAUAGACUGUAGCAUAUCAAGUGAAGAAAACACAGAGGAUAAUAUAACAGUCCAAAGUGAAAUAGUGAAGGAAGACGGAGAGGAAAACCUGGGAAAUCAUGACAGCAACUUGGCACAGCCUGGAUCAGACUCCUCAAGUUGCUCCCCAGAAUCCCACUGGGAAGAAGGCAAAGAAGUUAUCCCAACUUUCUUUAGUACCAUGAACACCAGCUUUAGUGAUAUUGAACUUCUAGAAGACAGUGGCAUUCCCACAGAAGCAUUCUUGGCAUCAUGUUAUGCUGUGGUUCCAGUAUUAGACAAACUUGGCCCUACGGUAUUUGCUCCUGUUAAGAUGGAUCUCGUUGGAAAUAUUAAGAAAGUAAAUCAGAAGUAUAUAACCAACAAGGAAGAGUUUACCACCCUCCAGAAGAUAGUGCUGCACGAAGUAGAGGCAGAUGUGGCCCAGGUUAGGAACUCAGCUACUGAAGCCCUCUUAUGGCUGAAGAGAGGUCUCAAAUUUUUGAAGGGAUUUUUGACAGAAGUGAAAAAUGGGGAAAAGGAUAUCCAGACAGCCCUGAAUAACGCAUAUGGUAAAACACUACGGCAACACCAUGGCUGGGUAGUUCGAGGGGUUUUUGCGUUAGCUCUGAGGGCAGCUCCAUCCUAUGAAGAUUUUGUGGCCGCGUUGACUAUAAAGGAAGGUGACCACCAGAAAGAAGCUUUCAGUAUUGGGAUGCAGAGGGACCUCAGCCUUUACCUCCCUGCCAUGGAAAAGCAGCUGGCCAUACUGGACUCCUUAUACGAGGUCCACGGGCUGGAGUCUGAUGAGGUGGUAUGACAGCUGCAGGACAGCGCCUCCUAACUUCAGGGAAUAAAGUUUGCUCAAAUGUUUUGUUGCCCUACUUAAUUUCCAGCAACAGCCUCAACCCUCUCCAACCCCUUCACUUGGGAGGCUGGAAAGGAGGAGGCAAAACCAGUGCUUUUCUAUAUAAUUUUUUAAAUGCAUAUGUGUUUUGUGUGUUUAAAAAUCAAGGUGCUAUAUAUUUCAGUUCAGUGGGCCUACUGGAAACCAAAUCAUAGCUGUUACAGACUUGAACAGCAAGUUAUAAGAGCAGAUUUGACAAAUGAAUUUGCUGUUAUUAUGUACUGUUUUGUUUUUAGAUUUUAGUUUUAAUGGACCACCCAAACCCAAGCUGAAAAUGAACAAAUUCUGUAUCAAAGAGUAUAAUUCAUAGCCAGUAUUUCAACCAGUUUAGAAUUAGACUAAACACCUGGAGGGAGCAUAAGCCCCUUUGUUGAACCCAUUGUGAUGUAGAGUUUGCUAUUCCAAGACAUUCUCCAGUGGAUCCUCUUCUCCGAGGCUCUGUCAGCGAUAAGAGCCUGUGUAGUGAAGACACUCAGGGCAUUUGCGUGUCCAUGCAGUUGUGGGAGGUGGAGAAGACAUAGACAAGGAGUGCCAUCCCUGGUGACAGGCAGUGGACUGUGGCUCUGAGGAGAUAAGUGGCAUGCCCUAAACCCAACUUGGAGGACAGUAUGGGAGAAGUGGGACAGGUCAUUUGCGAUGACACCUACCUAGUGCCUACCUUUUGCCAGCACGUUUCCCGUGCAUUUUCUCAAUUGGACAUCACAAGGGAACCAUGAUACUCAAAGGGAUUAUUACCACACUUCAAAAGCAAGGUUUAGAGGUCAAGGGAUGUGCUCACAGUCACAUAAUCUGUAAGUAGAGAGCUAGGUGAUUUCCAAGUAUGAUCUGAGCCACCUCUGCAUCAGAGUCACACGGAGUGCUUAUUCAAAGAGCAGGUUCCCAGGCCUUGUCCUGACCCAGAGAACCAGAAUCUGGGGGUGGGACUUAGGAAUCUGCACUUGGAUAAGCUCUCCAUGUGAUGAAUCCGCACAGUGUUGAGGAGCCGUUAGAUUAAAUUCUGGUUUACCGAAUUCCCAGUCUUCUGCAACAGCUAAAUGACAUGUCCGUUUUUCAAAGAGGACAAGGCCAUUAUUCAAGUAAAAUAGCUAAAUAGAGAGUGAGAAGUGAAGCAGGUUUACUCAGCAGCAUUCAUAAUUGAACCAGCAUCGGGACCCAGCUUUGGCAUUGCUUUAGGGAUCACGGCUCUGAGUCUGCUUUCUGAUCAAUCUUGGUUUAAUCACCAAGAGUGCAGAGCAAGCUAAAUGCAGCUGUUCAUCAAUCUCAAAAGGUUUGGGACAGUGUCAGAGGUUAAAGAUAGGAUUUGAGUAUUUCAUAAAACAACAUUGGGUGUGCGUUCUUCUGCACGGUGUGCUGCCCAGGCUCUGGCCCUCAACUCCCAGUAGACCAAGCCGCCUAGAGUGUGCACGGGAGAGAAGCCAUGGGUGCCUUCCCCAUUAGAGGUUAUUGCUUCUUUCUAGUAACAGGAAGAAUAAGUGGUUCCAGCAUAAGGCAGUUAGUUCCCAGGGUGGAAGCUGCUCGAGUGAAUUGAGCAGCUCUAGAUGGUGCCAUUCCUGCUGCAGAUCCCUAGGGCAGAGGAGCAACUCCUCUCUUUAGGCAGAGAGGUUCACAUAGGGAGGGAGGUUCAUUUUGUCUUUUGUCUGUCUUUAAGCAAAUGGGCAUUUAUUUAGCUCAAAGUAAUGAAGCCGGUAAUUUGUCCACAAAAAGACUUCUGGAAAAUGCUUAAAACUUAGAAAAGCAACCUCACAUGUUUUAAGGCUAGGGGAUAAAAGGGCUGCUAAAAUGAUAUUUUAGCAUUUGCUGUUGGCAGCUACCAAAGUGUGGUGUUACUUUCCUCCCACUCCCGUGAGUCCUUAGUGUGGAUCUCCUUCUCUGGGUAGUAUGAACAUGAGGGCAGGACUAGGAAAUAAUUUAGACUCCUGCCCUUUAUAUAGCCUUAUAAAAGGGAACAAGAAAAAGCAGCAGGUCUUUGCUUGUACUUUGAAUGAAGAUGCUUUAGGCAUUGUGCCAUUUACAGGGGAUGCUACCAGGAGAUUGUAAGUGUUGUGAAGCCAGUUUGGUCUAAGCAACUGCUGGUGCUCCCUGUCACCUCAGGUGAACUCUUGUGGUCUCUUGGAGAGGAGGUGGCACUCUGCAAAUACCUCGGGUUUAAUCCUGAGGCUCUAGAUACACACACAAAAGGAAAGAUGCUCACUGUGGCCAUUUCACAUUUGUAUAGGUACUGCCUAGGCGUAUACGACUCAGUUAUCUGGGGAAGAGGGGAUUAAUAUUUUUUGAGAUCAUUGGGAACCCAGAUCAGACAAAUUGAGUAACUUGAAUAAGUUACAUUUUCCAAUCACUCUUUUCUAGCCCUGUAGAAAGAAAAUAAUGUGCUUUGGUGGGUAUUUUCCUUACUGGAGCAUAUUAAGUAUGCCUGAGAUGUGUAAAAGUUUGCUAAGGUGUGUAAAACUGAGGAUCCUUAUAAAUAAAAAUAGCUAGAAAUUGAACCUAACAUUAAAAAAAUAAAUUCAACUGGACCUGAAUGGUGGGAUGGUCAGAGCUUGCUCGUGGGUCUACAGUAUUUGCGUCUCCAUUUUAAAGUCAUAAUUUAUGCUGGUUUGCAGUUACUUUCCAAGAAGGGAGCAAUGAGAAAAGAUGCUUAAAACUUUUUCUCCAUAGCCCUCCAGUAUUUCCGGAACACCUAAGCUUGCUUUCACCUUGACUGUGAAAGGAGAUGAGAAAACCUCUAGUAUGUUUGUUGACAGAGUGAUCGUCUUGCUUUCACUGCUCAAAACAGUUUUAGGAUUCCUUUUCUAGCGUAACCUUUAGGGAGAACAUGAACGCAAAGGAAAUGUCUCUUCUGAGUAUUAGUAGAUGUGAAUAAGUAACAUUUUGCUGACCCCUUACAAGGCACUUCAUGCACGGAAUUUCGUCAUGCCGGCACUUCUCCCCACGAUAGAAGCCAGGCUUUAUGCUUUGGAGGGAUCAGUGUGUACUUGUUGAACUGGACAAAAUACUUUCAGUGAGGGCAAGUUUUUUGUCCUUUGAAAGCAAAUCAGAUUCGUUGUAGCUAAUCCUGGUGAAAAAUGUUAAAUUGGAGGGAUGUCUUUUGGGGGCAAAACCAGCUUGUAACUAUGAGGAGGAAAUGAUUUUCUGAUCAGCUCUUGAUCCAGCUCUGAAAGGAGUUCCAGAAGAAGAGCUCUCAGAGUGUUGAGCACAUGGGCCUAGAGUAUUCAUUAGGAUGUGUAAUAGUGGCUUGAGGCACCUUCUCAUCAUUAUUUGUGUGUCAUUCUGAACAUAAAGCUUCCCCCAGCGUCGUAUGCCAGGAUGAGGGAUUUCUGAACUCCAUGGUUCAACGUUACUGCUUUUUUUUCUUCUUUGCUACUGAAAAUUGCCAGCAGUGCCCCCAUCAGCAUGCCAGAUCUAUCCUCUCUUAUAUCUGUUCUGCCCAUGUCUCAGCAGCAGCUUCUAGCACAUAUGUAGAGCAUCUGGCACUGUUGUAGCCCGGGGCUAGGUGCCUAAUCCAUGGGGAUUCUGUCCCCCUCCCAGACUGCAGGAGCUUCUUAAGGAACCCUCAUUCCCAUUUAUAGCCAGAAAGCAGGUGGACACCAUGAUUUGUGGCACCUGGGAAAGGUGAUCUAUUAUUAGGGGAGUGCUGCUAGAAAAAUUUGCACUCUUCUCUUUUUGGUUAUUACUUCCAUAUAUAUUUCCAAAAAUGCUUUCAACUUUAUGCUUUCAGAAAAGUGUUUUUAAUUAAGAGAAAUAUAGGGUAAGGACUAAUAAAUAAUGUACUCUUCACUAAAUUUGAAGUGAGGAACUAAAGUAAGGGGUUUCUUAUUAAGGAAACCUAAUGUGAGUGUGAAAAUCAUAUAUAUGAAAAAAUGUCAGAUAAGGCAAUAGAGUUAGAGGGUCAUGAACAGUAGAUGAUGAUGUGAGGCAUUUUAGAAACUUUCUGGAAGAAAACAAUUUUUUUGUUUUUUCCUACUAAACUUCCAUGUCCUACAAGAACUUGGUUACAUAAUGGUGCAUUUCUGAAUCAUUGAUUAAAACCAGUUGCUUCUGAUGUUAGUCAUAGGUUUGACAACUAUUCAGCUCCCCCACCCUCAUGUUUCAUUACUUUUCUUAAGACAAACUAUCAACAUUUUUUAAAUUUUAAAAUUUUAAAUGUAGACUUUUUAAGUAAGUAAAAUAUAUUUUAAGCCAUUGUUCUGUUAGCUGAGCUAAUGUGUUUGGUCUGAGAGGGCCUAACUUCCGAGGCUCUUUGUGCUCUUGUACAGUCUGUACACAAACUUCAGUAUAUAUGGUAAACUUGUAUCCCUGUGAAGUGUAUACAGAAUGCUUUAUUUAGGAAUACGUUCUACUUCUGUGUGUCCCUUUGUAAUCUGCAGUUGCUUACUCAGGGGUUUCAUAGUAAUGACAUAAAAAAUUUUAUUAACUGUCUGAUGAUACGUUAAGACUGUUUAUCUAUUAUAAGGUUGUUAGGGUCCUUUCAACAAUUCCAUAAACAUACUGUUUAUUAAACCUUCCCUGUAAAUGUUACCAAUCCCCAUCCUGUCUCAGACAGUCAAUAGUCCUGUGUACAGUGGCCAUUUGCAUGAUUUCUUGUUGCACUGCCGCAUUCAGGCAUUCCAGGGCAUGAUUAAACAGUCAUUGACGUGCCUCUCUGGUACAGCUGACGCAUGCAUUGAUCUUUCUCCUCUGCUGUUUAUGUAUAGCCUUUAAUUAAAAGGAAAAAAAUACCACCACUCUGCAAUGCAGAAGUUUUCAAAAUUCUUUGGUUACCCUUAUUAAUCACUUCUCUUUCAGAGUGAACAAAUGUUUUUAGCUAAGCUGUGUGACAACCUAAGAACAAUAUCCUGCUUGUUUUAAAUAUUUCAUAGAUUUUAAAGUGUGGUCAGUAUUUCCUCCCUGUACCUUACAAACAGAAACCACCCUGGGUUGGUUGGUACCCCUUGCAAAGCUGAUUUCAUCCACACAGACUCCCAUGUAUGUGUGUUUAUUUAUAGGUGUAUCUGGAGUCAGUGGUGAUAAGAAGGGUGAUCUAGCAGUAAUUCUGUGGCUUCCUAGAAGGCUAAUGAGCCAGUUUCAUGGCAUGUUUAAUGUGUAAUUCCCAUGUGUCAUGAGAAUUUCACUAGAAUGUUAUUAAACAGCCCAACUACCUCAUGUGAAAUUGGCUGUAGACAAUCUGUGUCAGAGAAUUGUGUUCAGAUAAAUUUAUUCUGAUUAAUAGAUUUAAGAAAUUGAUGUCUAUAUAAAGAACAAACAUGUUAGACCAGAUGCCAAAGGCUAAAAUGUACAUAGAUUUCCUUGGAUUAACUUUUAAGUUAAUGUUUAAUUCCACACCCAGUAUUCUUAUGAAUGUUUGUGGUUUCAUACAUUCAUGCACUCUGAAUAUCUGUGACAUGCAGUCUUAUAUGUUACCUGUUGUUGUUCGUAAGCAUUUUGAAUGAGCAUCAUAAUGACAGAAGAAAGCAAGUUAAACUACAAGUGUCAAGUGGUUUGUUGACUUCCUAAUUUAAUGGACCUUUACUUAGAAUAUAAUGUGUUGGGGUCAUUUAGGAUCAACCGAUGAAUGAGAAUUUCAUGCUUAGGUUUGUAUUGUUUAUCUGUCCAAGUUCUUAUUCUAUAUUUUGUGGGGAGGGGUGAUGGGAGGGCUUUACUUUUUUGGCAAAAAUGUUUGAAAACAUCUGUCAAAUUUUAUAUUCGUUAGUUAUAAUAAACUUAUUUUUAAAGGAUU